AUGCAGCAAGUAGUGCGUCUCUUGACCUUGGAACGGUAUCAGGAUGCUGUCGAUGCCCUGAACACGUUGAACACGGUCAAGGUGGUCAUCGAGGGCGCGGGCGACGAGUGGAAGGCCGAGGCGACCUCCCGCCUAUGCUCCAUCAGGCCGUCGUCGAGCUGGGCGCUACACGUCACGAAGGACGAGAAGAAGCGGGAGUUCUUCUCCUGCCUCAAGAAGUGCUUCCACAUCCUGGAGAACACUCGCGACGCGGUACAGACCUGCAACACUUCCCUCCGCUAA